CACUUAACUCAGGCAAUCAUGGGUAACUGGGUGGAGAAUGAAGGACUGUCUAUCUUCGUCAUUCUCGUGUGGCUGGGGUUAAAUGUCUUCCUCUUUUGGUGGUAUUAUCUUGUAUAUGAUGUCCCACCAAAAUUCUUCUACACCAGAGUACUCCUUGGCCGUGCUUUGGCUCUGGCAAGGGCUCCUGCAGCUUGCCUGAAUUUUAACUGCAUGCUGAUUCUGCUGCCUGUAUGUCGAAACUUGCUCUCCUUCCUCAGAGGAUCAAGUGCGUGUUGUUCUACUCGCAUCAGACGACAGCUGGACAGGAACCUCACCUUUCACAAAAUGGUGGCAUGGAUGAUUGCACUUCAUACUGCAAUUCACACCAUCGCACACUUAUUCAACGUAGAGUGGAGUGUGCAAGCCCGUGUUGAAGAGAAAGGAACUCUGGCAGCUGUGCUUUCUAGCCUUGGUGAUAACCCACAAGAAAGCUAUGUCAACUUUUAUAGAAAAAAUAUCGUGAAUCCUGUGGGUGGCCUAUAUGUGGCUUUCACGUACUUAGCUGGUCUCACUGGCGUUAUCAUCACACUGGCACUCAUACUAAUCAUCACAUCAUCCACCAAAACCAUCCGAAGGUCAUAUUUUGAAGUAUUUUGGUACACCCACCAUCUCUUUGUCAUCUUCUUUAUUGGUCUUGUCAUCCACGGUGCUGGGCGUAUUGUACGGGGGCAGACAGAUGAGAGCCUGGCUGAACAUGAUCCAAAGAUUUGCUACAAGAACUUCACUCACUGGGGACAGAAGGGUGCUUGCCCAAUCCCCCAGUUUUCAGGGAAUCCUCCUAUGACAUGGAAGUGGGUAGUAGGUCCCAUGUUUUUGUACCUGUGUGAAAGGUUGGUGCGGUUUUGGAGGUCACAGCAGAAGGUUGUUAUCACAAAGGUGGUCAUUCAUCCCUUCAAGACAAUUGAGCUCCAGAUGAUGAAGAAGGGCUUCAAGAUGGAGGUUGGGCAAUACAUUUUUGUCAAAUGCCCAGCAGUGUCUAAACUGGAAUGGCAUCCAUUUACAUUAACCUCUGCUCCAGAAGAAGAUUACUUCAGCAUUCAUGUCCGUAUUGUGGGGGACUGGACAGAGGGCCUGUUCAAUGCCUGUGGAUGUGAUAAGCAAGAAUUCCAGGAGGCAUGGAAGAUGCCCAAGAUAGCUGUGGAUGGCCCUUUUGGAACAGCAAGUGAGGAUGUAUUCAGUUAUGAAACUGUUAUGCUUGUUGGAGCUGGAAUAGGAGUCACUCCCUUUGCAUCUGUACUCAAGUCUGUCUGGUACAAAUAUUGCCAUGAUGCCACCAACCUAAAACUCAAAAAGAUCUAUUUUUACUGGCUUUGCAGGGACACUCAUGCCUUUGAAUGGUUUGCUGAUCUCUUGCAGUCUCUGGAGGCUCAAAUGCAGGAGAGGAAUAAUGCAGAGUUUCUCAGCUAUAACAUCUACCUUACAGGCUGGGAUGAAUCUCAGGCCACUCAUUUUGCAGUGCACCAUGAAGAAGAGAAAGAUGUGAUUACAGGUCUUAAACAGAAAACCCUGUAUGGAAGACCUAACUGGGAAAAUGAGUUCAAAACUAUUGCAGGGAAGCAUCCUGGCUCCAGAAUAGGUGUUUUUCUCUGUGGACCUGAGGGCUUAGCUGACACACUCAACAAGCAGAGCAUCAACAAUUCUGAAGCUGACCCACGAGGAGUACACUUCAUUUUCAACAAAGAAAAUUUCUAACUCCCAAGCACAUGGGAGUCAUUCAAUACAAAGUCUAAAGACUGGAUCUCUUUUUCUAUUUGGAGUCUGGGAAUGAUAGCUUAGCUUCUAAUCUCAGCUACACUAAAGCAAAUCCCUUCGCUUCUUGGGAAUUAUUUUGGGGCUGUGGUAAAGUAAAAGUCAAGUUUUGCCUUAGGGAAGCAUGC